AUGUCAGACAAUCCAUUCGGCGAUGAUGACACUGAAAAAUCCCAACAAGCGACUCCGCAACAAACCCAAAAGCAAGAUUUUCAAGUAGCUCAGGAGACAUCAUUCUCGCCCGAAAGUCAAUCUAUUUCCCGAUUGACAGCGGCCACCCGCUUCUACAUUCGCCGACCGCGAGAGCCCGAUCAAGUUCUCGUUUCACAUGAUGUCACCAAGAAGUUCGAAGUGCUCGAUCAAAAUGGCGCGCCGAUGUAUUAUCUCGUCCAGGAGGAUUCUUGCUGCAGCAGAACCUUCUGCUGCAUGGGAAAAUGGUUCUCCGUCGAUGUCUACGAUCUCGAUGAAGUUCACGUCGGCCACUUAGAAAAAUCGAUCGGAUGUCUAACAUGCUGGUGCGGCUGCUGCCCGCAAAACAUGGACAUUCACUUUCCUCCGACAAAGAAGAUUGGACAGAUUUCGCAGACUUGGAAUUUCUUCGGCUCGCCCGAGUUUAGGACGGUGAAUGAUAAACGCGACUUGGUAUUUUUGUUCUCAGGAAGUGGAUUGUGCGGAGUCAAGAAGAUCUCUAUUUCUAGUGGAACUAAAGAGCGAGUUGGAAAGAUGAAGAAUCAGUGGGAUGGUUUACCAGCAGCACAAUUCGGCAGUCAAAUUUGCUUCGGAGUUGAUUUUGAAAAGUCAAAGACAAAGCUCGAUUUAGAACAUUUAUAUCUUCUUCUUGGCAGCUCAUUUCUAAUGGCCUACAAUUACUUUGGCGCCAACAAAAAAGUGAAGCACGAAGAACUCAUCGGUCUGAAAUCAUCCUGA